UCGAAUUUAGUACGAGUUCUGCUGCUUCAUCUCUGUGAAGCCAGUCUAAGCAUUUCAACAAAGUUAUCUAUUGCUUACAUUAAGGCAUUCGCAUUUCGCCUUCAAUUACGAAGAGUCCACUGGGUUAGUAACUCGGAAUUCACAACAACAACGACAACGAGUUUGUAUAGUAGUGCCAUCACGACAUAGAAGUAAUACAUAGUUUUAGAAAUCACGCGACACUACAAAUACCACUACGACCACAACAUAAAACAGACGCUGACCUAGUCCUUCAAAAACAAAGUUUCGCUCUGUUCUUUUGCCAAGUUUGUGUAGCAAAGCGGCUUUUUUUUGGUUUGGAAAUUGAACAAGGAUCAGCAUCUUUUGAUCUCACGGUUUUUUUUUGAUCAUCAUAAGUAAACGUGAACGACAGUAUACAAGAAUACUUGGCACAGUAUUAGGUUCAUAUUCAUAGCACAUUUUCCAUUUUCGCAUACGUACAUCAUCAGCCACAUAUUACUCUGUCUCCGGUUGUGAAGAUUCUUCUUCACCACGCCUCAAGCACUCGUGUGUGUACACGACCCGUCUUGCAGCUGCCUCCCCGAAGGUCCAAUCACCCGGUAUAGCCUACCAUGGCGUCACUGACGUUGCGGUCCCAGCAGGGGAGGGGGAGCGGCCGGGGCUCGAAUAAAUCAUCCGGAUCAACAUCAAAAAAAUACCAGCCCGCGGACACAACGGCGACCUACGCAUUUCAAUCCACGCAAUCGAAUUUGUCAUCAAAGUCCGGAACAGGAGUAGCACCGUCAUACGCCGGGAACUUCUCCACCAUCGUGAACAUCGUCAAGAAUGUCGUGGGGGCAGGGUAAAAAGUGAUUUGCUAUAUGUACAUUGAUUGAGUUUGGUGUGGUCUGUGCCGGGUUUGUUCUACAUGGUCUACGAAGUCAAUGGGUCGUGCCGCUUGUCAUUCAUUUUUCGAACAAGAGGGUUUUUGUAGUUUCCUGAAGUCGUAUCAAAGACCGCGCUCGAAAAUAAUUGUCGCGCACAUCAUGUAAGUAACCUAAACAAUUUAAAUCUCGCAUCGCAAAAUGUGAAGAUUUCCAUACAUCACAACAGGUUGGUCUCUAUGCCACUCACCCUCUACGACGGGACGCCAGCGGUCGCCUACACCUGGCUGCUGAUUAUCGGCGUGUUGAACUGCUUCGCGUUUUGGGUGGUUGCCGUGAUCUCCGAGGGCGCGUGCAACACGUACGGGCAGCUGUGGGAGCGGACCAUUGGGAAGAAGACCCGGCUGCUGAUGGACAUUUUUCUGCUGGUGAACGGGAUCAUCACGUGCAUGCAGUAUCUGAUUGUGAUCUCCGACUUCGUGCCGAAGGCGAUCCCGCAGGUGUUCGGGGAUGGCGGGUGCCUGGGCGCGGUCCACGCGGAGAAGGGCAGUUUGGCGGGCGGCGCCACGGAGCGGCUGUACACGGUGCUGUUCGCCGGGUACGGGAUCAUUCUGCCGAUCGCGCUGUUUUCCAAACUUGACUUCCUCAAGUGGCCGUCCUUCAUCGGCGUGGCGUUCACCAUGUUCGCCGUCAUGUACGUCGUGUACGACUACGCCACGCGCGGGUACUAUUCCGCCCAAGUGCCGCGGAAGGACCCGGCCACCGGUGCGUUCGAUGUGUACAACGACGGGGCCUGGACGGACCAGAAGAACGACGGGCGGGGGAACUUCGACUUCUUGAUGAUGAUGAGCAUCAUGAGCAUCUACUCCUCCACCUACGCCUGCCACUACAACGCGCCGCGGUUCUACCGGGAGCUGGGCCCUAGUCGGAGUCCGGGCCGGUUCGCCAUGAUCACCAUCACGUCCUUUGUGCUCAUUCUCGGCAUCUUCGUCAUGUUCGUCAUUUGCGGCUACGGCCGGUUCGGCGGGAGCAUCCAGGGGAACGUGUUCCUGGGCUACCAAAACGUGCCGGCCUCGGAGAAGGACGAAGUCGCGAUCAAGAUCGCCUGGAUGGGCAUGGCGCUUUCCGUGAUGACCAGUUACCCCUUGCUCAGCAACAGCGCGCGGGCGGCCCUAUACGAAAUCUUCUUUCCCUACACCGCGGAUAAAAGUCCCACCUGGAUCUACGUCCUGGUCACGGUGCUCUUCGUCACGCUAUCCGUUGUCAUGGGCUGGCUCGGACCGGACGUGGCGCUGCUGGGGCAGAUCAAAGGUAUAAUUAUUACCAAGUACGUACUUGUUUGAAAUUGGCCGCUGCAGUGACAGUGCCUGUGACGCUGACAAUUCUUGAAAGAAGCCACGCGUUAUUUCUGCAGCUCCGUUGUUUCUGUAUUGAGUUUUAGUUUCGCCGUCACUAGCACUAGCUGCUCCAAGAAGUACAGGGGUUGUCAUCUUGUUGCUCACGCACAUCUUUUGCAGCGAGGACGAAAUGAUAUUCGCGUCUUUUGUACUUAAAAAAAUCUCGCAAAGUACUAAACUACGAUCUUCACGAAAAAUCUCUAACAGGCGCCACCACCACCGUCUCCUUGUGCUCUAUCUUUCCGGGACUGAUGCUUCUGUUCAAGGUAUUUCAGGACGAGAAGGCCGUCGAGGAUGGCCCAGCUGCUGCGGAUGGGGACAACGAGCCGCUUUUGCAAGACGAGGUUUUGCUCACGCAAGGUUCUCAAUUUGCCAGCGACUAUUUGGACACUGACCUCCCCCAGGAGGACCCCUCAGAGAAACUGAAGAGCUCGAGCGAAGAUGAGGCGAACCUGACCCGCGUGAACAUGGUUAAGGGUAAGGGAGCCACUUUCAAAACGCUCGCUUGGGUGCUGAUCAUCAUCUCGUCGCUCAUGGCCGUCGUCGGAAUCACCACCGUGUUCCUGAAGCAAGCGGACGUGAUCGGAAGGGCGAAGCCCCUGGAGGCGACCCUGCCAAACAAGUGGAAGAACGUCGAUUACGACCUGAGCGCCGACGAUCCGGACGGAAAGGCGUUUCUCACCAAGCUGUUGGAAGACGGCUAUAGCUCCACCUCAAGUUACUGGAGAAACGCCUGCGCGUGGAAGACCGCCCCGGCGGGGAGCGGGCAGGAGAAGAGCUACCAGCUUCUCAUCAAUUACAACCCGGCAUCGCCCAUCGCGAUCCGCUAUGACGAACUCUGCCAAUAG